AUGAACCAGCUACCCCCAUCGCCCCCUCCAGAACCGAGAUCAGAGCCUCCGCAACCGGUUCCACUUACGGCGGUUUCGCGGACGACGCCGAUUCACGAACUCCUACCCGAUAUCCGUAUCCCUGCAAGCCCACUGCCGCCUCAUCGAUACGAUCCUGUAACUUGCACACCGCUCGAUAUAAUCCAGCUAAGAUCUGAGCUGCAGCAGCUUCGUAAAGAAUAUACUACAUCAGUUGCUGCCUUGAAGGCGCAAACGGAGGCAGCAAAGGAGCCUGGGAAUGAUGACGAUAUGCACCAUAUCACUCAGUUUCAAAACCGUUUUCUCAAGGAGAUACCGGAACUACCUCUACGAAUUUGUGGCGCUCCCUUAGCCCCCUACAUGCAGUCUCGUUUGGCGUUGGGUGAAGGAUACGGGAGAAUCACAUAUGACUCGCUUUCAAUUGCCACACGCUUUCUAAAUGAAUUUGCUGGCACUCAAUAUCUGAUUCAGCCAAUCAUUUUCGAACAGCCUAGUAUCGUUGAAUGGUAUUGA